GACGGUCAAAGCUUUAAUAGUUGAGCACUUUUGUGUCCCUGUGUAUCCUGUCCAAGACUAGAAUGAACAGUUUGCUGAUUUGCAUGUGCCUGAUCGGCGUGGCGACCGCUGGGUCCAUGUUCCGGUACGGAGGCGAUAACGACUACUGGUACGGGAACCAGUGGAAUAACGGAGGGUACGGCAACUGGUGGGGAAACAACUGGAAUAAUUGGAACGGAAACAGCUGGUACGGAAAUAAUUGGAUGAGCAACUGGUAUGGAAACAACUGGAAUUACGAGGGCGGAAACAACUGGAAUAACUGGUAUGGAAACUACAGGAAUAAUUGGAUGGGGAACUGGAAUAAUUGGAAUGGAAACAACUGGAAUAACUGGAAUGGAAACAACUGGAAUAGCUGGUACGGGAACUGGAAUAAUGACUGGAACGGAAACUAUGGUGAAAACAACUGGUAUGGACGCAACUACUACAACAACGGAAAGAAGUAGACCUAGAGCCAUAUGGCGCCUCCCCCACACACCUCAAUGACCGGUGAUCCGACGUCCUGCG